AUCCGAGACAGCAUUAGAUUGUACGGAUGGAUCCAAGACUGAAACACAAGAAAGAAUAUAGAGGCCCGAAUCCGGUGGUGUUACACGUGGGAGGGGAAGAAGUAGAGUAGAGGUGAGAAAAGCAAGAAGAGGGGAGACGAAUAAAAAGCAAAGUAGCUCAUUCUAGUCUUGUACACUAAAACAACUCUCAACUCUUUAAUCGACUUGCUGUUUGUCUUGUGAAGAAAACUCAAACAAACAAGACUUGUACUGUGUAUCUAUCUACACACACACACACACUAUACACUAUACUUACAUCGUCAUCUGCAUUGGUAACAUCGCCAGGAAAGAUGAGUUGCUAUUCGGCCUUGACAAUUGCAAACCCUACCAGGCUGCUGCUGCUUACAUCUUCUCCCUCUGCUGCUCUUCGAUUUCAUUCCUCGCCGCCAACUCACCAUCCUUCUUGCUUGCCACAACGGCGUCGUAUUGGUAUUGCCCUCACUUGUUCUCCACUGCUCCUGCAUCAUCAUCCCAAUCGCUUUGCUUUCUCCUUGGCCGCUUCCAAACAGGAUUCGAAGCCUUUAGAAACUCAAGGCCCGGAGGAAGACCAUAAUACCCCAAUAGAGGGUGAUGACUCUGAGGAAUAUUGGAAUCAGAUGUUAGCUUCUUUUAAGGAACAAGCCUUAAAGAUGCAGAGUGUGUCACAAGAAGCAUAUGAGGAAUAUUCAAAGAGAGCAAAUGUUAUCUUAAAGGAAACUUCUAAGCAAUUAAAGAUUCAAGCAGAAAAAGCAAAAAAAGAUCUCACUGUGAUUGCUGAGGAAGUCAGUAAAGAGGGCAAACAAUAUCUGUCCAAAGCUGCAGAUGAAUCCCCUGAACCAGUAAAAGAUAUUGUUCAAACUUUUGCCGCUUCGAGUGAUGAAUUGAAUGAAGUUUCUCAAGUUUGUGAUUUUUAUAUUGGGAUACCAUAUGGCGCUCUCCUUUCAUUUGGUGGCUUUCUCUCAUUCAUGAUAACUGGAAGUAUUUCUGCCAUCAGGUUUGGAGUUAUACUUGGUGGCGCUCUCUUAGCCUUGAGUAUAUCAAGUCUUAGAUCAUGGAAAAGAGGAGAAUCGUCUUUAAUGGCCUUAAGGGGGCAGACAGCAAUUGCAAGCAUAUUGUUCCUGAGGGACAUUCGCGGUUUGUUUGUGAGAUCAUCUUUUGCUGGUCUUCUAACAGCCCUGGUUAGUGGUGCUAUAGUAGGCUUUUAUAUCUAUAGGAUCAUGUUGGGGCGUGAUGGUAAAGGAUCAAAUCUGGAACCUGGAAAUGAAAGUUAAAUGGCAGUGUAAGGUGAAGAGAUUAUUUGUGAAAUAGCUUUGAGAAAAAUUUGGGAGUUCAAACCAGUAACAAAGAUACAGGUAUUGCUGAUAUAGAAUAGAAUCGUAAUUAUGGAAUUUUUAGAAUAGUCUUGUCCACUAUUUGUUCAAACAAUUGAAUAAUAAUGAAGUUUCAAAGAAUAAUAUUUAAUUAUUGUGUAGAUUGUCUGAUGAUUAUGGCAUGAGAAAUCCUUUUUUUUUA